AUGUCCCAAUUCCAACUAGAUAUUUUGAAGAAGCUAGAUGAAUUAAAUGAAAUCAAAUCUACUUUAUCUGUUUUCCCAGAUAUUAAAUCUCAAGAUGUUUUAUCCGCUUUGAACUCUCUAAAAGCUCAUUCUAAAUUAGAUUACACUAAAUCUGAGACUAUCUAUUACGAUUUGACUAAUGAGGGGAAAGAUAUCGUCAAAAAUGGAUCUCAUGAAGUCAAAUUAGUUGAAUUAAUUAAUAAAUUGGGUAAAUUACAAAUAAAGGAUGUUAUGACUCAGUUAGGCCCACAAAAUGGUAAAGUAGGCCAAGCUCGUGCUUUCAAGAAUGGUUGGAUUAAAAAGACUCCUGAAAAUGAACUAGUCUUAUCUGAAAAAAUCGCUAGUGGUAAUGAAGACAUAACCUCCCAAUUGACUGAUGAGACUAAAGAUCAAUUAAUUGCCAUUCAAAAUCCAGCUAAUCAAUUAGAUGCUAAAACUAUUAACGAUUUAAAGAAGAGAAAAUUAGUAACUCCAAGAAAAGAAACUGAUUUUCAUGUUGUAAAGGGCCCUGAUUUUUCACUUGAAUUGACUAAAUUAGAAACUGAUUUAACUUCCGAUAUGAUCGCUACAAACUCAUACAAGGAUUUGAAAUUCAAACCAUAUAAUUUCAACUCACAAGGUGUGCCACCACAAUCUGGUGCUUUGCAUCCAUUAAACAAAGUUAGAGAAGAAUUUAGACAAAUUUUCUUCUCUAUGGGUUUUACUGAAAUGCCAACUAACAAAUACGUAGAAACUGGGUUCUGGAAUUUUGACACUCUUUUCGUUCCACAACAACAUCCUGCUCGUGAUUUACAAGAUACUUUUUAUAUUAAAGAUCCAUCUACUGCUGAUUUACCCGAGGAUAAAACAUACAUGGAAAAUAUCAAGGCAGUUCAUGAAAAUGGUAAGUUUGACUCAAUUGGUUACCGUUAUACUUGGAAGGAAACUGAAUGCCAAAAAUUAGUUUUGAGAACUCAUACGACUGCUGUCUCCGCAAACAUGUUACACCAAUUGGCAAAAGAUCCAAAACCAACUAGAUUAUUCUCGAUCGAUCGUGUUUUCCGUAAUGAAGCUGUCGAUGCUACCCAUUUAGCUGAAUUCCAUCAAGUUGAAGGUGUCCUAGCUGAUUAUAACAUUACUUUAGGUGAUUUAAUCAAAUUUAUGGAAGAAUUCUUUGCCAAAAUGGGUGUUACUGGUUUGAGAUUCAAACCAACUUACAAUCCAUACACUGAACCAUCCAUGGAAAUUUUUUCGUGGCAUGAAGGUUUAGGCAAGUGGGUUGAAAUUGGUAACUCUGGUAUGUUCAGACCAGAAAUGUUAGAAAGUAUGGGUCUUCCAAGAAAUUUGAGAGUCCUUGGAUGGGGUUUAUCUUUAGAAAGACCUACUAUGAUUAAAUAUAAGGUUCAAAAUAUCAGAGAAUUGUUAGGUCACAAGGUUUCUUUAGAUUUCAUUGAAAACAAUCCUGCAGCUAGACUAGAUGAAGAUUUAUACGAUUAA